AUGUCCGCCGCACCGGCCCCGGCUGCCGCCGCUGCCGCCGCCCCCGAGCCGGCCCCCGGCCCCGAGCCGCCGGCGGCCGCCGAUGGAGCGGCCGAGCACCGGGCGCUGGUGCUGACGGGCUUCGGUGGCUACGAGAAGCUGAAGGUGCAGCCUCGGCGCAGCACCGGCCCGGGGCCGGGGGAGGUCUCGGUGCGUGUUCACGCCUGCGGCCUCAACUUCGCGGACCUGCUGGCGAGGCAGGGGCUGUACGAGCGCCUGCCGCCGCCGCCCGUCUGCCCCGGCAUGGAGUGCGCCGGCGUCGUCCGCGCCCUCGGGGACGGCGUCCAGGACCGGCAGGUUGGUGAUAAGGUGAUGGUCCUGGCUAAGUCAGGGCUCUGGCAAGAAGUGGUGAACGUUCCAGCCCGUCAGACUUUCCUGAUGCCUGCAGGGAUGAGCUUCGAGGAAGCGGCUGCUCUUCCUGUCAACUACAUCACUGCCUACAUGAUCCUGUUUGACUUUGGAAACCUGAGACCCAACCAAAGUGUCCUCAUCCACAUGGCUGCAGGUGGUGUGGGAACUGCUGCCAUCCAGCUGUGCAAGACUGUAGAAAACGUCACCAUUUUUGGCACAGCAUCUGCCUCCAAGCACGACGUACUCCGGAGCAGCGGAGUCGCUCACCCCAUUGACUACAGAACGAUGGAUUACGCAGAGGAGGUCCGGAAAAUCUCUCCCAAAGGUGUUGACAUUGUCCUGGAUCCCCUGGGAGGAUCUGAUACAUCCAAAGCAUUUAACCUCUUGAAGCCGAUGGGCAAACUCAUCACUUACGGGGUAGCAAACCUGCUCACUGGGCAGAAGAAGAGCCUCGUGGCUAUGGCUAAAACCUGGUGGAACCAGUUCAGUAUCAAUGCCUUGCAGCUCCUCCAUCAUAACAAGGCUGUGUGUGGCUAUGACCUGGGCUCCAUGGAGGAAGAGUUUGAGCUCAUUGGACGUGUUCUAUCCAAGCUGGAUAACCUUUACAGUCAAGGGAAAAUCAAGCCCAAAAUAGACUCUGUAUGGCCUUUUGAUCAGGUGGCAGAUGCCAUGAGGCAGAUGCAAGAGAAGAAGAAUGUUGGGAAGGUCAUCCUGGUUCCUGAAGCACCCAAGGAAGAGUCCAAAAAAGAAGAGAACUAAGGAGAAGAGAUGGGUGCAGAUCAUGAAUUCGUGGGUUAACUCCUUGAUCUCUUUGGGACCUGGAAAUGGACAGAUCAGUAGCUUCCAUCUUCACCAGAACAUCGUGCUUAAUGUUCAGCUGAGGUUUGCAUGCUUUCAUUGUGACCGACCCCUUGCCCUCGCUGUCUGGUUUGAAGCCUGCUUCUUUCAUACACUUUACUCAUCACUUGUUUCUCUACCAAGUUCCCAAACUCCCCUCCUUUUCCCCUGGCAGUGCAGGUGGAGCUUCCAGCAGUUGGUGGUUAAGAACUGCACAGCCCAUCACUGUAGAGACAAGGUGUUAAAUGCUGUAGGAGCUGCCAAGGCUCUCCACAGAACCUGGUCCUGUGCUGACAGAUGGGGCCAGACUUGGGAAGUUUCCUCCACAGCCAGAGCAAAAGCAGAGCUGCCCCAGUUUCAUUCUAGCACUGGCUACUCUUCUCUUUACACUAACCACACUCUUCCCUCUGCUUUCAUAGGCCUCUAACACCAGUCAGUUUAUAACAGCCCAUGUUGUCUUUGCCUUCUAAAUGACCAUCCUGGAGUCUAGGGCAUCUCACACUUCAUUUGCAGUCACUUCUCUGCGCAGUCAGCAGAUAACCUGACAGGCUGGUCUGUGGCUGAACACAGAAGUUCCAAUUGGGUAACUUGAUCUUGUCCAUUUUCUGAUUCCAAACUGCAUAGGGAGAUCUAAAUUGUGUCUGAUUUUUAGAGACCAUAAGGACUCAACUGUGUCUCAAAUGACUGGAACAAUUGAUGUUGGCUCUGUGCUUUAGUAAUGUUGGGCUCCAAGCUGGUAUUGUUAAGGCUAAAGUUCACCCUCGUGUUUGUGUUUCCAAGGGCUGCAGUGUUGAACCAGACUUUAGCAGGAUGGGAACAAACCAAGCCCGUUAAUGCUUGCUUUUCGGUGUGUGCUGUGGAGGGGCUGCAGUUGGGGGAGUAACUUGCAAGAACCAGGCCUGCGAGCCCUGCCCAUUGGAGCUAUUGCCAGGUUAUUGCUGUAGAUGGUAAAGAGCUCAGCUCUGCCAAGCCUCUUGGCCUGGGCAUCUUGAGCAGUUGAAACAGUGCUUUCCAUCCUCCUCUUGCUAGCUCGAUAGGUAUCCACUCGGAGCUGCUCUCAGCUCGUGAUUCAGUGCUGCAGCAGGGCUUGACUCUUCUUCCUCUGAAACUGCAAGUCAUGGGACUCGUGGGCUCUCUUCCAACACCGAGGGCUCAGGAGCUGCCUGGGAUGCUCCUCCCAGGCCAGAGCUCCAGUUUCUCCUCUCUUUCUUCCGUGCAUUUGGAAGCGGAGCUGUACAGAGCCUCGAGCCCAGUCCUGUGAGCGCUUAUCCUGGUGGUGCUUCCUCUUCCUGCUGGACCCUGUUUCCAGCCCUGAGCAGACUGAGGUGCAGUCUGUGCCUGCCUGAGGCUGUGCCAUGGGCUGUGGGUGCUGCAGGCUUUUAGGCUUCAUUUCGGAUUUGAAAAGGUAAACGUGAGGGCACCAAGAAGAGCUCCCUAUUGUGGCAAACCCUUGCUACUGGGAGUCCUGCUUACCCAAACCCCAAGGAGGGGGUGAAGGACCCCAUGUGCUGAAGAGCAGCUCUGUGCAGGGCUGGGGUUCCUGUGCAGGUGAGGAGGCUCCAGCUCUAUCCUGUCAGUGUUCUGUUCCAGGUGCUUAGGCCCUAGUUCUUUAGCAGAGCAUAGACACAGCCUCUGGGGGCCCUGCUCUGGCUCUACUGCUGCUUUUCAAUACAUUGAGACCAAAUGAAAGCUGCUGUUCAGUUAAAGCUCCAUCGUGGGCAGAUUUGGGUGUCCCACGGAUUUGUCACUGCGCUUCUGACCCGAGAAUUCAUUCUUAAGGUUGUGGCCAGUGCUCCAAAACGUGCAGUCACUCACCUGACAAAGGGAGGGCUUUGACCUUGAGGAGCUUCCUUGGAUGCACCCUGACCCUAGGGAGACUCCUUGGCUGCAGGCUUGCUGCUCAGAGCAGGACCACCUCAGAAUGCUUCUCUGGCAGGGCUCUAUUUGUACCCCAGUCAAAUCUGAUCUGUGGUAGCCCCCCUUGCCUGAGGACCCCCCCUUCCCCACUGUGUACCUGCUGCCCAUCAUCAUGGGGGCAUGACAGGAGCUGCGGUGGGAAGGCUUCGUGGGAUUUGUUUGGCCUCUGCCAUGGUGGGAGCAUCUGGCCCAUGAAGUGUUCAACCAAGCCCAUUCCCUUGGAGCUCAGAGGAGGCUGGAGCCUGUCACACAUCCUUGUCAGUCCAUCUCUUGUGCUCCAUAUGUGAACUUCACAAACAUGGUCUAAUGAAACUCAAAAGCACAACUUUGAACCUUUCCGAAUCCAAAAUCCUGCUGCUUCUCCUUUGAGCCUGCCCUCUCGUGCCAAUUCAGGUUCAGUCCAGCAGAGCCUAACGCUGCUUUACCAGGUCUGACAACAGAAGGACUGUCUUAAGUUGCUCAAAUGGGAAGUCUGGACCUCUGAGUUCCUCUGAGAAACUGGACUUCACCUUGAGGAAGGAGCGGUGUGCUCACAGCCCUGCACACCUUCAGGUGCUGCACACUUGGAAUAGGGGAGCACUCUCCCACUGUCUGUCCUAGUAACAUCCUCUCCUUGCUUUACUCUUGGCCAAGCGUGUGCUCAGUGCCUUACUUGGAUGCUCUUGGAUCAGGCAGCAUAGAAAGGCUCUCACAGGCUGUCCAUCCCAAUGCAGCUUCCCAUAGGACACCUCUGCCGUGCUGCCUUGUGCUCCACCUCAGAAAACAGUAUCUCGGUGCCUUCUUCUACAUGCCUGUAAGGACUAGGAAGUCACUGGAGCCUUUUCCAUUCUGGCCUUUCAAAGUAUUGCCAAAAACCAGUUACGACUUUUGCUAGCUCUCUUUUGUGAACACUAGUGAUGUAGUCUGACUUGCCGUGAAUGAGACGCUCCCUUUUCGUGUGUUACAGCCUUCCCAGGCUGUGGUUCCCUGCUCCCCAGUCCAGAGGAGCUCCAUCGAGCCCUUGUCUCCCCCAGGGCAGCUGCUCGGCUUUAGGCAGUCCUUGAGCAAGGCUUUAUCUGCUGCCUUGGAAUCAAUUCCAGCUCUCGACUCCCUUCCUGUAGCUGCUCAUGUGCUCUCCCUGCGCAUUCCUGAAGCCCUUAUCAGGGCCGGAGUGCUGAGCAGUUACUGUUGGUUUGUGUUUAGCACUGUCUGGUUUACGUCCCUUGAUAGCAACAGUGUUUUCUACAGAAAGCCAGGAUUAAGUGUAACCUUGCUCUCCACCGCCUCACUCCCACUGCUCCCCUCUAUGGGUUGGGGUUGGUUCUUCUUAGGUGGGGUUUGUUUGGGGUUUUUUUUUACCUUGUUUUUUUAAAUGGACAUUUUAUGGGCUAAGAAGUAUAGAACCGAUGUACAACAACCCCAAGUGUCUUAACUCAAUGUUAACCAGCAGGUUUGUGUACUAAGGACCAAAGCAAAAACCAAACGAAACCCCAGGAUCAGAAUCAUUCCCCUCACUGUUGCUUAACUGCUUAGGGCAGAGUGAGGAAACAGGAGCUUGCUGUGCUCAAUAGCAGGGUGACAUUCCAGCUCCAACAAGUGCCAUUUAGUGUUUCUGUUGCUGAUUGCCUGAUCCAGAGGUUGUGGUGAAGAGUCCAGGUGAGCAGCUCAUGGCAGGAGCAGUGUGCCCAGCCCUAUCUGCUGUGGCUGCUCAGUGCAGGGGUGCCUGUGCAGUGCCUUUUACUGCAGGUGCCUUCCCGGACUGGUCUGGGACAAAGUGCAACCCCUUUGCUGUCACCAGGCUGCUUCUGCCAUGUUUCUGACUCUGGAUUCUCCCGAGCUCACCUGUGUCGCAACUUCUGUUUGCAUAGAGGAGCAUGACCCCUGCCAGAUACCUUUGAGCUGUACCGGUUUGGACAAUGGUAUUAAACUGGAAUCGGUUGACCAGGGAGAAGUAGGAAGCACCAUGGGCCUCAGGCUUUAACUGGUGCAGGAUCCUGGCCCACUUACAGCUGCUGUCAGAGGUGUGAACCCACACUUGUUGUCUAAUGAAGGCUCCAGUGUGCCAAGCCCUGGUGAUGGCCGAGUGGACUGGCGAGUAUUACACGAGCAUGAUGUGAAAUGCAUUAGACUGAGCCUCUCACACCAUCCAGUGUGGUCUGUGCUGUCCGAGUUGUGUUGGUUUGGAGUGUGACCUGAGUGAAACUCAUCCUACAGCCACAUGGCAAAUCUUUGUAUUCCGCUUUGUGCGUGUAACCAAGUUGGACAGAAAGCAAGUGUGCCAAUGCUGUUUACAUGACUAUGCUGUGUAAUGCUCUUCUGUCUGAUGUUACCAUAUGCCUUAUGUGUUUCAGAUAUUAAUUAAAAGCAUAACAACCCACCCUG